AUGUUGGCUGAUGGAGCUCGGUUGGAUCUGAGAACUUUCGAAUGUAUUGGGGAAGGAUAUUUUUCCAAAGUAUGUCGAGCACUCUGCCAUUACCAAAAAGAAAAAGGAGUAACUGAGACAAAACGUGUUGCUGUGAAAAUUAUCAAAAGUGCCACAGCAAUUGAAGAAGUAAAAUUGGAAGUUGACACUCUCAAAAAAUGCAAACAUCCAAAUAUUGUGCAAUAUAUUGACCAUUUUAUUACCGAUGAAAUGCGUUUUAUACAUAUUGUACUUGAAUAUAUGGGUGGUGGUGAUUUACACAAUUUUCUGAUUGAUAGAAAAAACACGCCAACAAUCGGAGAUGCUUUUUCUUACAUUAUUCAGAUUGCUAAAGGAAUGGCAUAUUUAGCUAGUCAACGAAUUGUUCAUAGAGAUUUGGCUGCCCGCAAUUGUAUGCUUGAUACUAGCAAACGUGUUGUUAAAGUGACAGACUUUGGCCUUUCUCGUGCACUAACCCGAUCAAAAUUAUAUGGCGAGAAUGAUGAAAACUAUGUGUAUAUUUACAUAUCUGGUAAUCAACAGCAGAAAUUGCCUUAUCGUUGGACAGCUAUUGAAUGUUUUAGAGAAGAUCCCUUGUUCUCCGAAAAAACUGAUGUCUGGGCAUUUGGAGUGCUGAUUUGGGAGAUAUUCGCCCGUCACAUUGAACCUUAUGAAAAUAUGAAAAGUACAGAGGUAAAGAGAUUUCUUGAAGCUGGCAAAAGGCUUGAAUGUCCAAAGCAUUGUCCUGAACCUCUUUAUGAGUUAAUGUUAUUUUGCUGGGAUGAAGAUCAAAUAAAACGACCAAAUUUUGAUGAAAUUUAUCUACAAUUAGAAAGUAUCUUCGAUGAAUUGAUGAAAAAUGAUUCAGAAUCAAUGAAUUGUCAAUAUGAAUCAUUGAACGAUUCGGAAUAUGAGACGGUAAAUAUUCUAGAGAUUUUCAAUUAA